CAUAAGUUUGCCGAAACGACGCUUUCAACCAUCACAAAACCUGGUGAAAAUGUCGAAAAAGGUGGCUUUAGUUUUUCUGGCGUGUCUCGUUUUUGUUGCUAACGCGCAAAAACAUGAAGACUCCAUCAAAAAUGGUUUUAAAAACGGGAUAUCAUCAUUUUUCCACACUAAGCAAAUCUCGAAAGAAUUUUUCGAUUUUAUGGAUUCUCUAAAUUUUAGAAACGCGUAUAAAGAACCGGAAACUUACAUCGAUCCCGCGGUUUUAUGCACAGCUUGCGUUGAGGUUGGCGAAGCAGCUUUGGAAGCUCGAAGAAAUGGAACGUCAGCUGAAGAUCUUGCAAAUUUAGUUGUUGAAGCUUGCGUUUAUUUGGGUUUAGAUACAAGACGUGUUUGUGAAGGGCUCGUUAACAUCAUGGUGGAUACUGGUCUUUACAUUGUAGAUAAUAGCCCAGAUAUUAAAGCAGAUCAUUUAUGUGCAGUUGUAGCUCAAAGUUACGGUUGUGAAGGCGAAGUUCCAGAAUGGUCGAUCAAUAUUCCUGAAAAAGCUUCAAUUCCUCCAAAAAAAUCGUCAACUUAUGAUGAAACUCCAUUAAGAAUCGCACAUAUAACUGAUAUUCAUUACGAUCCGAUGUAUUUAGCUGGAAGUUUGGCAGUUUGCGAUACUUAUGUUUGUUGUCAAUCCGAUUUAGGUAUUGCUGAAAAUCCGGAUCAAGCUGCAGGAUAUUGGGGGGAUUACAGAAGUUGUGAUUCUCCACUUAACGUAAUUCAAAGUGCUUUUGAAAGCAUGAAGGAACGUGGAAAUUACGAUGCGAUUUAUUUUACCGGUGAUAUUAUUAGUCAUCGUAUGUUUGAUACAACCCCUGAAAGAGUUAAAGAGGAGGUUCAUACGAUUCAUAAUGAAUUAAGGAAAGUUUUCCCUGGAACCCCGAUUUUUAGCACUUACGGUAACCAUGAUUCUCACCCGGUUAAUUGUUAUGCGCCACCUUCUGUUACUGAUGAAACCGUUUCUUCUCAAUGGUUGUAUGAUGACACAGCUGAGUUAUGGGGGCAAGAUUUAACUGAAGAAGCUAAAGAAACAGUUCGUAGAGGUGGUUUUUACAGCGUUUUAGUCCGUCCUGGAUUUAGGGUUAUUUCUAUUAAUGGAAACACUGGUUAUUUGUUUAAUUGGUGGAUUUUAUUCGAAACCGACCCUCUUGGACAACUCCAAUGGUUGUCGGACGAACUUUACAAAGCUGAGCAAAACGGGGAAAUGGUCCAUCUUUUAAGUCAUAACCCAAGCAGUGAUGGAAGUCAAUUUACAAUUUGGAGCCGAGAAUAUCGCAGAAUCAUCGCUAGAUUUUCUCACAUUAUUAAAGCAACUUUCAAUGGACACACUCACCAAGAUGAAAUUACCUUGUAUCAUUCCAUAGAAAACCCAACAGAACCUAUUAGCGUAGCAUGGAAUGGCGGAAGUGUCACCACCAUCAGCAAUUUAAACAACAAUUACAAAGUUUUUAGCGUCGACCCAACAAACUUUGAACUUUUAGAUUACGAAGUUUGGUCAAUGAAUGUAACUGAAGCUAAUCUUACCCCUGAAUUAAAUCCGGUUUGGUUCAAAUUGUAUUCGUUUAAAGAAGAGUAUGGAGUUGAAGAUCUUUCUCCUGCUAGCAUCAGAGAUUUGGCUAUUCGCAUGACUGAAGAUCAUAGUAUUGCACAAAAAUAUUGGAGAAAUCGCCAUAGAUUAGCCGAUACUGCUUUAGCUGGUGGAUGUAGCGAUGGGUGCUUGAAAAACUUAGUUUGCAGAAUGUUGAUGAGUCAAACUUAUGAUAAUACCCAAUGUCAAGAAAUUACCGGUAAUUGGUAAAAACACUUCAUUACAAUGAUUUGUAAUAAUAAAUAAUUGCUAAAAAUAAAGCGAUUUUAAUUUCA